AUGGUUGACGCGGAAAUGGCCAUCACCGACUCGGAGGCCAUGGGGGAGAAGGCCGGCAUCACGCAUGAGGAAGUCGUGCAUUUGACGCAAUUGACGGAGGAGGAGAAGAUCCUCGAGAAGAAGUUGCGGCUGCGGAUUGAUGUAACAACUAUGCCGCGGCUAAAUUGCAAGGUCUGGAAGCGGACCUCAGCCUCACCCCCGACACAAUAUCAGACCGGCCUGUCGAUUCUGUUCGUCGCCUAUAUCCUGAUGCAAGUGCCCAGUAAUUUGCUCCUCAAUUACAUGGGACGGCCAUCGCUCUACCUGGGUUUCUUCGUUACUGCAUGGGGUCUGGUCUCGGCCCUAACCAGUCAGGUCAAGAACUAUGGCGGUAUUGUGGCCUGUCGAUUCCUGCUGGGUUUUGUUGAGGCUCCCUUUUUCGCUGGUGUUCUCUUCUACCUCUCGAAAUGGUAUACCAAAAAGGAAUUAGCCUUCCGCAUGAGUAUCUUCUACUCCGGAUCCCUGCUGAGCGGUGCCUUUGGCAACCUGAUUGCGGCAGGCAUUCUGAACGGCUUGGCUGGGCAUCGAGGCUUGUCUGCAUGGCAAUGGUUGUAUAUCAUUGAAGGUGCCAUCACCGUCUUCGUCGGUCUCAUCAUCUGUGUCGUUCUCCCCGACUUCCCAGAAACAUGGAAACUGCUCUCUCCCGAAAUGCGCAAAGUCGCCGAGCGCCGUCUUGCCAUCGACGCCGCCGAAGCCGACAAGGACGACGCUGGCGGCAUGAGCCAAAUCAAGGGCCUCAAGCUCGCCAUGACGGACAUCAAGACCUACGUGCUCGCCCUCGGCUACAUGUGCAUUACCGGUGCGGCGGGAUUCCAGAACUUCUUCCCGACGCUCACGGAGACGCUCACCGACAAUGAAAUUUAUUCUUUACUCCUGGUAGCCCCGCCAUACAUCUUCAUGGUGAUCUGGUCCCUGGCCCACUCCUGGGUCUCCGAUAAACUGGCGAUGCGCUUCUGGUUCUUCCUCUACCCGAUCCCGAUCACGAUCAUCGGCUUCGUGAUCUUUAUGACCGUCGAUAAAGACAAUUUCGGCCCCCGCUACUUCUCCAUGUUCCUCAUGAUCUUCGUCUUCGCCCAGAACGGCACCUUGUACUCGUGGAUCGCGAACGCCUUGCCCCGUCCGCCGGCCAAGCGCGCCGCCGCCUACGCCUUUAUCAACUCGAUUGGUAACUCAGCCAGUAUCUGGACCCCGUACACCUACCUCGACAAUGAAUCGCCCUACUACCAGACCGCGCUGGGCGUCAACAUUGCGCUCCAGGGCAUUGGCGCGCUGUGCGGCAUCUUCAUGUAUUUCAACCUGCGCAUGCUCAAUAAGCGCCAGGAGCGUCUGGAGAACGAAGAUGUCCAGCUCAGCGAGAAGGAGCUGCGGCGGUUGCAGCUGACGGCUGAUACGGAGGGCAUCGAUAUUGCGGCAGCAAGACGGCUGCAAAAGGGAUUCCGAUAUGUGCUUUAG